AUGUGUGUGAAUUGUAGCAAACCCAAGAAAGACACUGAGUGCAAGACUUCAUCCUUGAGCAAAACAAGGUUUCAAAUAAUGGAAACUCUGAGUGUGGCAAAUACUGGUUUUGCCCUCGACCUUUUCAAACAUGAGUGUAAGACACAAACCAACACAAAUAUCUUGUUUUCCCCUUGGAGUAUUUCAACUACCCUGGCCACUGUGUACCUUGGAGCCAAAGGUAACACUGCAGAUCAGAUGGCAAAGGUGCUUCACUUUAACAAAGUUGGAGGAGCUGGAGUUGACAUCACAACCAUAAAACCACGACGAGCCUAUUCCAAAAUGGAGGAGCUUCUAUCAAAUCCGUGUAUCAGUGUUAAAAAGGCCAAUCUGGAGAACUCAAGCAACAUCCAUGCAGGGUUUCAGGCACUUAGCUCUGAAAUUAACCAACCCACUAAAAAUUACUUGCUUAAAAGUGUCAACCAGUUAUAUGGAGAAAAAUCAUCACUUUUCAAUAAAGAAUAUUUACAAUCGAUUAAAAAAUAUUACCACACAGAGCCACGAGCUGUUGAUUUCAUGGGAGCAGCAGAAGAAGUCAGAAGAGAAAUCAAUUCCAGUGUUGAACACCAAACUGAAGGUAAAAUCCAGGCACUAUUGCCUGUCAACUCUGUUGAUUCACUCACCAAACUGGUGCUAGUCAAUGCCCUCUACUUCAAAGGAAACUGGGCAAAGAAAUUUAAGGAUGGAUUUACAAAGGAACAACCUUUCAGAAUGAACAAGAAGACAACUAAGCCAGUGCAGAUGAUGUUCCAGAGAGAGAAAUUUAAUUGGACCUACAUAAAAACAGUGCACACCCACAUUAUUGAGCUCCCAUAUGUCAAUAAUGACCUGAGCAUGCUCAUACUGCUACCAGAUGACAUCAGCGAUGACACCACUGGCCUAGAAAUGCUAGAAAGAGACUUGACAUAUGAGACAUUAUCCAGAUGGACCAGCUCAGAAAUGAUGGAGAAAACGGAUGUGGACGUGUAUCUGCCCAGGAUCAAAAUGGAAGAGAGUUACGACCUCAAAUCUACUUUGAGCAGCAUGGGGAUGCGAGAUGCCUUCAGUCAGGACCGAGCUGAUUUCAGAGGGAUGUCUGAGAAAAAUAAUCUGGUUUUGUCAAAUGUUUUUCACAAGUGCUUUGUGGAGAUCAGUGAAGAAGGCACGGAGGCUGCAGCUGCCAGUGCAGCUUCUAUGACAUCACGAAGUCUCAUUUCUGCCAUUCAGUUUGCAGCAGAUCACCCUUUCCUCUUCUUCAUCAGGCACAAUAAAACUAAGACCAUUCUCUUCUUUGGCAGAUUCUGCUCCCCAUAACCAUUCAGAUUUCUGUUGCUAAACAGGAUCUUGCAGCAGCAGGACUGUGCCACAAAGACAUUGCCUCAAGUGUCUAAAUAGCUUGGGUAAUUUUACUUCACUUUCCUGUAUUAUUGGUCAAUCUUUGUAGCUUUGGGAACAACAAAUAAUGCAAAUUACUAAGAAUUUUUCUCUUCUAUUCAUGUGAUUAGAGGACUUGAUAAUGAUAAUAUUGGGCUACAACUCUCAAAAGCACAAUAAAAAUGCAUUGGUUGCUUUCUAAAUGACUGUAAAUUGCAGUCUUAGUACUGUUCAACUAUACAGUUUGCCAGAAGCUGGGAAUGAGCGACAGGGGAUGGAUCACUUGAUGAUUACCUGGUCUGUUCACUCCCUCUGGGGCACCUGGCACUGGCCACUGUCAGAAGACAGGAUACUGGGCUAGAUGGAUCUUUGGUCUGACCUAGUAGGGCCAUUCUUAUGUUCUUAUGUUAUAAAGCAGAACAAGUUUGAUAUAGAGAAAUGCAUCUCAGGAAUAACACAAUUACCUGUGCAGGCAUACAAAGAGUACACAAGCAGGGCCAGAUCUUCAGUAGGUGCAGACUGGACCACCCCCACUGAAGUCAAUGGAGCUAGGCCAAUUAUACCAGAUGAGGAUGUUGCCCACAGUCUCAUGAAUUAUACUGACUUAAGAUAGGCAUGGCUAGCAAUAUAAAACCAUUUGAAUGUAAAUGUUUUGCAAUCUUUACAUUUCUACUGGCAUUUUUUCUUGUUUGCAGACUGCUUGCAAGUGUUCUGUUUCCUCUGCAGAUAACAUGCCAAUGGGCAAAUGUUGUACAAGAAACAACUGUGUGAUCUAUAAGAAAUAAAAUGCAUUUU